AUGGCCAUUAGUCCAAAGCUUUUCUUCCUUCUCUUUUUGCAGCUAAUGCUUGUAUCGUCUCUCUCGAACAUCGCCGGAGCACAAGACUUGGCGGUUGGGUUUUACCGGCGCAGCUGCCCCGGGGUGGAGUAUAUCGUCGCCAAAACGGUGGCUCAAUAUGUUAAGAAACAACCAACAAUAGCUGCUUCUUUGUUGAGAGUACACUUCCAUGACUGCUUUGUUAGGGGUUGUGAUGGUUCUGUACUAUUAAAUUCCAUACCAAACAACCCAGCUGAGAAAGAUGCCUUUCCCAACCUUAGUUUAAGAGGUUUCAAUGUCGUUGACGCCGUUAAAGCUGCUGUCGAAAAGCAAUGUCCUGGCAUCGUUUCUUGUGCUGAUAUCCUCGCUUUGAUAGCUCGCGACGCCGUUAGAAUGAUUGGAGGCCCACUGUGGGAAGUUCCGAUGGGAAGAAGAGACGGAACCGUAUCAAUCUCCAGAGAAGCUUUGAUUAAUUUGCCUCCUCCCUUCGCUAAUAUCUCAUCUCUCAAAACAAGUUUCCUCUCCAAAGGUCUCUCCGUCAAAGAUCUAGUCGUUUUAUCCGGAGCACACACAAUCGGAGUCUCUCACUGCUCCUCCUUCUCCAACCGCCUCUACAAUUUCACCGGCAAAGGCGACGCCGAUCCCAAACUAGACAAAUACUACGCCGUCGCACUCAAGAAGAAAUGCAAACCAAAUGAUCAGAAAACAAUCGUCGAGAUGGAUCCUGGAAGUUUCAAGACCUUCGAUCAAAGUUACUAUACUCUCGUUUCCAAGAGAAGAGGAAUGUUCCAGUCCGAUUCCGCUCUUCUCGACGAUCCUGAUACCAAAGCCUACGUUCAGUUUCAGUCCAGUACACGCGGCGCUACUUUCGCCGCCGAUUUUGCUGAAUCCAUGAUCAAUAUGGGGAAUAUCGGCGUCCUCACCGGUACCGACGGCGAAAUUCGGCGCCGAUGUGCUUUUGUUAACUGAAUUUGCAGAAAUGGACGACGCGUUUUGCAGUUGCUUUUCAGUUGUGCAUUUUGAUUCGGUGUGUGGGUUUCUUGUUUUUGCUCCACUAGAUCGCGUGGUGAACACGUACGGUCGUGAUUUUAUCUUCGGUUAUCUUGUGGUUUUUUGUUUUUUGAAAUCGGAUAUCUUGUGAUUAAAUCCAAUUAUUUAUGUUAUUUAGUUUUAAAUUUCUUGAAAUUAAAAUCUUGGGUUCAUGAAUUUUUCUACCUGUGUAUUAUAUGUUCCUUUUC